AUGAAGUCCUUCACAGCCCUUCUCUUGACCUUCUCAACCCUACUCCUGACUAUCAAUGCUCCGCCGCCUGAUUGGCCCGUAUUCGCUAAACUCUCCGACUUGAAGUCCAAACUCCGCAUCUUCCAAAUCUACGCCAAUGCAGCGUAUCCCAACAAGCCUAAGAAACAGAAAGAAGCCAUUGCGACUCUCCAGUAUCUUUUCGACAAUGAUAAAGGUUGGAUGAAACGAGACCACUUGAUUCCACUCUACGACUACCUUGCGAGCGGAGGAUUAGUGCAACACUCCAAGCAUAUGCCGUACGUCCCUGUAACAGAAGCGGUUAGUUACUUAGGUAAGGGUACAGUGUAUGAAAAAACGGCCGUAGUGCAGCCUGCAAUGAAUGCUUUGAUCAAUCUUCAUCUCAAGAAGGCAAAGAGGGCAGGUUUUAAAGCUAAGGACCAGUUGCUGGACGAAGUGAAGGGUCUGUCUGAUAAGAGGCCAUUGCAAAGAGGUUUUUUCGCUACUGUCCCUAGACCGUUUACUUGGGACGAGGCUGAGGAAUUAAAGCGAAGAGUGGAUGCCGUUGAAGCAAGUAGCAGCGGAGGAGGCAGGAUGCAUGGUGUGCCUUGGGGCAAGUAG